ACUCCAGCUUGAUGCUGCCACCACCUGCCUCCUGCUGUCUUGCCUGUGUAGAUAGUAAUGCGAGCCCAAGGAGGGAGCCAUGAGGUAUCCAGGGUCUCCACCCCCUCCUCCUACAAUCCUCUAGCUUGGAAUAGCUUUCUGGUGGAGUGAAUGCAGGAUGCUGCAGCCUGACAGCCUCCAAAUCUUGGAGGAGGGGACAGCCCUGACAGCCCCAAGGAAUGACUGCAUCAUCUGCUACUCUGCCUAUGACCUGUCAGUACACUUGCCUCGACGUCUCUACUGUGGCCAUACCUUCUGCCAAGCAUGCAUGCGGCGGCUGGAUACUCCAGCCCAUGAACAACACUGGAUCCCCUGUCCACAGUGCCGACAAAGUACCCCUAUGCCUCGUGGAGGGGUGACCAUGUUGGACCUGGACCUGGCUGCCUUCUUGGCAGUCAAAGCUGAACAGGAACCAUCAAAAAUAGAACCUAGGUCCUCUGUCCCCAUCAAAGCCAGCACUACUGUCACUCAGCAGCCAGCUGGACUCUACCCCAUCUUGGGCCCCCAACCCCACUUCCCUCAGUCUGGAUGCUGCUGCUGGGGCUGGGGAAGACUGUGCUGGUAUCCCACUGGAAACCCUGAAGUCUAAAUCUCCACCCCCACAAAGGGAACUCUGCUUAGUAGCUUGCCUACCUUGGAGCCACUGAUCAAACACAGUGUAAACAGAACAGCCUGCUAGCAAGACAACUUGCCUACAUGGCCGAACAUAGUGGUGUCACCUUGACCAGGAGCACUUUGGGCCAUAGCCUAAGGUCAGAGUCAAUGGCCAUGGUGCUAUGACUCAACAGUAGGCUGGCGACCUCCCAUUCUACUGGUCUAGAUUCCCAUAUCCAAAGUAGCCUGACUUUGGCUAGCCAACAUCCUGCUGUCUGUGCCUCCUGUAAAGCCAGGACUCACUCAGCUCAGAGAAUGGCUCCCAAGAGUCUGUGGGAGUGAGUGUAGGGGCCUGGACAAGUCCAGGCUAUGGUUGUAUACGAGUGCUGGCAUCAGAUCAGGUCUUCCUCUCUAUAAACAUGCAGAGGUAUGAACCAGGAGGGAGGUCCUCUGUCCCUGGAGUCUCAUGUGUUACUAUCUAUCCAACAAUGGUCCCUGAGCUCCCACGCUCUGUUCUCAGAGGGCCUGAGAGGCUCUGAAGUACAAUGUUACCUCCUUGACAGGUACCGAAGAGGGGUGCCAUAGAGGGUUAGCUCUGUUGACUGAGGUCUCACAGCUCAUUAUCCUAUCUCAAGACUCUCAGCUUCCGUCUAUCACUGGUGACUAUAACACAGACCCUUCAGAACAUGCUAGAGGCUACAGGUGAUUGACAGCCCCAGGCCAAAGCUGUAAGCCUCCAUUCUGCUAGGAAAGAGCUGUAUUCAGGAGCCCCUGGGAGGAGCCUCCUGGGCAGUGGGUGUAGGAUGGGAGGCAGGAGAAUUUGCUGAAUAGACAUUGAGAAGACUCCUUCCCUGGGCAAAGUCCCUCAAGCAGCUAGGGACAAGGCUGGUCAGUGAACAGAGAAGGCUGCAGGAACUCACAGGGCCACUGGGAAAAUAGCCUGCAAGGGAGGGCCUAGUCCUCAUCCCAAGAGCUGGAAGGGGCCUGAACCACAAGAAGGGACAUUUCACAUGCAUGUGCGGACAGGACAGCACUCAGCUAGGAAAAGAUAUUCAGAUAGGGGUCAGUCAAUGAUGAGCUCCUCUGCCCACCUCCUUCCACACAGAUAGAGACUCCAAAUCCUGGACCCCUCCUGGGCUCCACAGAAGGCCCUUCUGAAUCUGGCCCCACCCUUAAACUCAGAUUUGAAUCUGCUGACCUCAGAGCCUGGGUGAAUUCCCAGGCCACCUGAGAAAAUCCAUCUUCCACACCCACCUGGUGCAAAGGGCUUCUCUUUUGUCUCUGUCAGGUGCAGAGAUGACCAUGAUAAGGUUUGCAGAGUUUGCAGCACAAAAGGAAGAAAAGCAACUUUCUCAUGGGGUUUCUAGGCAGCCCCAGCCAGAAUGACAGUGUCCUGCCUGGGUGGUGUAGAAUGUCCAUUAAAUGUAUCAGAUGCCU